UUUUCAAUUAUGUCCUAAUAUCUGUUACUUGAAUUGCAUGGUGGCCACUCACUUAAUGUUCUUUUUCAAUAACGUCCCCAGAUAUUGGAUAAAGUUAGUUGAAUUGUAAUUUUUGUGUGUUUGUGUUUAAAAGGUCAUAAAUUUAUUUAUCCUCAAAAUCAAAUUGUCUCCUUUCUCUGUGUUUAGAAGGCUAUAAAUUUAUUGCAAAGAUAUACAAUACAUUUAUUUUUGUGUGUCUCCUUUCUCUGGGGUCUUCUUUUGAAAUGGUAGAGUUGAUUAUACACAAUUCUUUUAGUAACUUCAGCUUUAAACCACUCAAAGUGGGAACUAGAAGAAGAGUUUUUGAACUAAGGAAACAUUGUUUGAAGCCAUUGAAAUGUGUAUUAAAUGAAGAUAGUAACCGGAGAAUUGUAGUGAAGAAUGGGAAAGAUUCAUUAGAUAUAAGUAGAGUGGUGAAUGGGAUGUGGCAGACAAGUGGUGGCUGGGGCAAGAUUCAACGUGAUAAAGCUGUUGAUGCUAUGCUUUCUUAUGCUGAUUCUGGAUUGACUAGUUUUGAUAUGGCUGAUAUAUAUGGACCUGCUGAAGAUCUUUAUGGCAUUUUCAUCAAUCGAGUUCGCCGAGAACGUCCGCCUGAGUUGUUGGAUCAGAUUAGAGGUCUUACCAAGUGGGUGCCACCACCAGUUAAGAUGACAAGUAGCUAUGUCAGGCAGAACAUCGAUAUUUCACGAAAAAGAAUGGAUGUCUCUUCCUUGGACAUGCUUCAGUUUCAUUGGUGGGACUAUUCCAAUCCUGGUUAUAUUGAUGCUCUUAAACACCUAACAGACCUAAAAGAAGAAGGUAAGAUUAAGACAGUUGCUUUGACAAAUUUUGACACUGAGCGAUUACGAAUAAUUCUGGAAAAUGAAAUCCCUGUUGUUAGCAAUCAGGUGCAACAUUCAAUUGUCGACAUGCGUCCUCAACAGAAAAUGGCAGAGCUUUGUCAACUUACAGGGGUUAAACUAAUAACGUACGGGACAGUAAUGGGUGGGCUGCUAUCUGAGAAGUUCCUCGAUACCAACUUAACCAUUCCUUUUGCGGGGCCUCCUUUAAACACACCUUCCCUACAAAAAUACAAAAGGAUGGUGGAUGCUUGGGGAGGGUGGGGUCAGUUCCAAGUUUUGCUGAAGACACUAAACCAGAUAGCAUCUAAACAUGGAGUCUCAAUACCGACUGUUGCCGUAAAAUACAUAUUAGAUCAGCCAGCAGUGGCGGGAUCAAUGAUAGGCGUUCGGCUUGGUUUGUCGGAACAUAUAAAUGAUGCUAAUGCUGUGUUUUCAUUAGCUCUUGACGAAGAGGAUGUAAAUAGCAUACGAGAAGUUUCCAGUAAAGGAAAAGAUCUGAUGAAAGUCAUUGGUGACUGUGGAGAUGAAUAUAGGCGCAUAUGAACUGUAAUUUUGCAUGACCUUCUUAUUGUUGUUGUCAUUUUCUGUAUAUUUCUCAUGAGAUAGGUUUUGAAAUAUAUGUUUUUGCGAUUGAAAUUUUAGAAGAUAUUUCUCAAUAAAUAUUCAGUGGUAAUUUUGCAUAUCAA